AGCGGGGCGCCCGCGGCGGCGGGGUCAGCCCUGCGCGGGGGAGCGGGAGGCUGCCCCGGGGAUGCGCCCCGGGCGCCGGCGGAGAGUCCAGCUUCGGGUCCGGGCGCGCAGGUUGAUGAAGAGCGAGCGCUGUGACCCUGUGCCCGUGACAGUCGUUUCAGGGCCCCCGGGCGGGCUGUGAGCGCGGCCCCCGGUGCCGGCCGCCCCGCCGCGCCGCACGGAGCAUGCCUCUGAGCCCCGCCGGCAGCAAACAUGAGAGCCCGGAGUCGCCGCCGCCAGAGCCGCCGCCGCCGCCGGAGCGACAGCCCCGCGCCGCCGCCGCCGGGGAGCCGGGAGCCGGCCUGCGGGAGGAGACGCGGCUCGACCCGGCCCGGGGCCCCGGCGGGCCCCGCUCCCCCAAGCUGGCGGCCCCGGCGCGGAUGGAGGAGCCCGCGCCCGGCGCCAUCGUCGUCCGCAUCGGCAUCCCCGACCUCCAGCAGACGAAGUGUCUACGGUUGAAUCCAGAUGUCCCAGUGUGGGUUUCCAAGCAGCGCAUCCUCUGCACUUUGAACCACAGCCUGAAGGAUGUUCUGAACUACGGGCUCUUCCAGCCGGCCUUCAACGGCAGGGCUGGGAAGUUCCUGGAUGAGGAGCGGCUGCUGAGGGAGUACCCCCUGAAUCCAGACACUCCUGUCCCCUACUUGGAGUUCCGGUACAAAAGGCGUGUGUACACCCAGACUUUGCUGGAUGACAAGCAGUUUGCCAAGCUCCACACAAAGGCAAAUCUGAAGAAGUUCAUGGAGUACGUGCAGAUGCUAAAUGCGGAGAAGGUCUGCAGACUGCUGGAGAAGGGACUGGACCCCAACUUUCAUGAUCCGGAUACUGGAGAGUGUCCCCUGACUGCGGCUGCUCAGCUGGAGCUCAGCGCCGAGAUGAUCAAGGCACUGCGCAACGGGGGAGCGCACCUGGAUUUCCGGACGCGGGAAGGAAUGACAGCUCUUCACAAGGCCGUCCGGUGCCGCAACCACGCAGCGCUGCUGACGCUGCUGGACCUGGGUGCCUCCCCGGACUACAAGGACAGCCGGGGGCUGACGCCCCUGUACCACAGUGCCAUGGUGGGGGGGGAUCCCUACUGCUGCGAGCUCCUGCUGCACGACUACGCCCGGCUCGGCUGCGUGGAUGAGAAUGGCUGGCAGGAGAUCCACCAGGCAUGUCGCUAUGGCCAUGUUCAGCACCUGGAGCAUCUUCUCUUCUACGGAGCUGAUAUGACUGCACAGAAUGCCUCAGGAAAUACCGCUCUUCAUAUUUGUGCUCUCUAUAACCAGGAGAGCUGCGCUCGGGUUCUCCUCUUCCGUGGUGCGAGCAAAGAGAUUCGCAACUACAACAGCCAAACAGCAUUCCAGGUGGCCAUCAUUGCAGGAAAUUUUGAGUUGGCUGAAAUCAUCAAAACCCACAAAGAGUCCGAUGUUGUGCCUUUCAGAGAAACUCCCAGCUACACGAAGCGGAGACGGAUCCUCGGUGCCGGCAGCCUCGCCUCCCCGCGCAUGCUGCAGCGCUCGGCCAGCGACAACAACCUGAAGGCGGAGAGCCGAGCGUCCUACUCGCCCGUGCCCUCGCUCCGCAGCCUGCCCCCACAGCUGCUGGCACAGAUGCAGGAGGCGGUGGGGGCCGGGGCAGGGGACGGCAGCCUGGCAAGCUCCAGCAGCGCCCGCAGCGCCCACAGCCGCUCCCCGUCCCUGCAGCGGGUGCAGGAGGAGAAGGAGGCCGACCUGCCCACGCUCCGGAGGAGCAGCCGCGGCAAGGCCAGCCCCGGCGGCCCGGCGGGCCCCCCCGGCCCCGGCCCCGAGCCCGCGCCGCACGCCGCGCCCGCCCCGCUGCGCGGGCCCAAGCGGAAGCUGUACAGCGCCGUGCCCGGCCGCAAGUUCAUCGUGGUGAAGAGCUACGCGCCGCAGGGCGAGGGCGAGAUCCAGCUCAACCGGGGCGAAGCCGUCAAGGUGCUGAGUAUUGGCGAAGGUGGCUUUUGGGAAGGAACCGUGAAAGGAAGAACUGGCUGGUUCCCAGCAGAAUGUGUUGAGGAGGUGCAGAUGCGACAAUAUGAUCCACGGCAAGAAACCAGAGAAGACAGAACAAAGCGCCUCUUCCGACAUUAUACUGUGGGCUCUUACGACAACUUCACCUCUCACAGUGACUACAUCAUUGAGGAGAAGACGGCCGUGCUGCAGAAGAGGGAGCAUGAGGGAUUCGGGUUUGUGUUGCGAGGGGCCAAAGCUGAAACCCCAAUUGAGGAGUUCACCCCAACCCCAGCCUUCCCAGCGCUCCAGUACCUGGAAUCAGUGGAUGUGGAAGGUGUCGCUUGGAGAGCAGGGCUUCGCACGGGAGACUUUCUGAUCGAGGUGAAUGGUGUCAACGUGGUGAAGGUGGGGCACAAGCAGGUGGUCUCCUUGAUCCGACAAGGGGGGAACCACCUGGUGAUGAAAGUUGUUUCCGUCAGCCGCAAGCCAGAAUCAGAAGAAGUUGUUCGGAAGAAGGCUCCACCGCCUCCCAAGAGAGCGCCCAGCACCACCCUGACGCUGCGUUCCAAGUCCAUGACGGCCGAGCUGGAAGAGCUGGCCUCCAUGCGGAGAAGAAAAGGGGAGAAACUGGAUGAGAUUUUGGCAGCAGCCGAGCCCGCGCUGAGAGCAGACAUUGUUGAAGCAGAUUCUAGGGCAGCCACUGUGAAGCAGCGACCAACAAGCCGGCGCAUCACGCCAGCAGAAAUCAGUUCACUCUUUGAACGCCAGGGUAUGGCAGCACACUCGGGGGUCCUUGCGGGAGCUGAGAAGCCCCAUGUUUCACUGCGCAAAGGAAUUCCACGGACAAAAUCUGUAGGCGAAGAUGAGAAACUUGCUGCUUCUUUGCUAGAUGGAAAGUUUCCCCGGAGCACAUCGAUGCAAGACACUGUUAGGGAAGGACAUGGGAUUCCACCACCACCUCAGACAGCCCCACCUCCACCUCCUUCUCCAUAUUACUUUGACACAGGCCCCCCUCCAUCCUUCUCGCCACCUCCACCACCAGGAAGAGCUUACGAUACCAUAAGAUCAAGCUUUAAGCCAAGCCUGGAGGCUAAACUCCAUGGACUCCCACAGGUCAUUAGCGCAGCUGAGAUGUAUGAUCAGACGAGGACUUCCAUUCCUUACCCUGAAAGGCAGAAGAGGGCCCGAUCCAUGAUAAUCCUACAAGAUUCCUCUCAUCUUCCUGUGGAGCCAACAGAGAUCCCCCGGCCUGGCCCAUCUGCAACUCCUCCAGAGAAGCUGAAGAGGAAGGGGAGAGUGAUCGACAACCCUUAUGCCAACAUGGGUCAGUUCAACGUCAGCCUGUUUGCUCCCACCAAGCCACAGAGGAAGAAGAGUCCUCUUGUUAAGCAGUUGCAAGUGGAGGAUGCACAGGAGAGAGCAGCACUGUCCAUCACCGGAGGCUUUACACGGGAGCCCUCUCCCACCCGCAGGAGCCAUCGCCUGAGUGGAGUGGAAUAUCAGCACCACACCGGCAUUGCUCAGGUUGAAACCACAAGCAUCCCCUUCGCCACUGCCAUCGCUGGAGUCAUGAAGGACAGAGACCGUCGUCUGGAUGAGAGGCGGAAAUCCACUGUCUUCCUCUCGGUUGGGGCCAUUGAAGGAAGCCCCCCCAGCAGCGACAUGCCAUCCUUGCAGCAGUCCAGGUCUAUUGAUGAGCGGUUGUUAGGAAGCCGAGAUGUACUACUGCCUUCCCCUGUCUCAGCUUUAAAGCCAUUAAUUAGCAGCUCAUCCUCAACCUUCAUCCACCCCCUAACAGGAAAGCCCUUGGAUCCGAACUCGCCACUGGCGCUUGCGCUGGCCGCAAGGGAACGGGCCCUCUCAACGCAAGUCCCAUCCCGGUCGCCCACCCCGAUCCACAGCCCAGACUCAGACAGAGCAGCACCCCUGUUUGUGGACAUCCAAACCAAAGAACCAGAGAGGGGGGAGUUGGAGAGCUUAGUGUCCCCUGCAUACUCACCCGGAGGCAAAGGGGCAAUCGGAACAGACUCUGGGACUUUGGCCCCCACUAAGAGCCAGUGGGGGACUCCGUCCACGCUGAGAAAAGAAACUGAGGCAAGAGCAGAAACACCUGGGAAGGAGGAGAAGAAACAAGAAGACAAGAAGUCCAUGAUUAUUAGCAUAGUGGAUACAUCACAGCAGAAGACCGCUGGCCUCAUCAUGGUUCAUGCCACAAGUAAUGGCCAAGACGAGAUAGGACUUGAGGUAAAAGAGGAGAAACCAGCUGUCCCUGAAGCAUGCACAGAGCCAGCAGAGUCCCCCAAAGCAGAGACCCAGCCCAGUCCCGUGGGAAAGCCUCCAGUCAGUCCAGCCUCUGACAAGACGUUGGGACAAGGGAGUUCGGAGGAAGAAGUGGAGCCCUACACGGUUACCCUCCCACCAGCUCAGUUGUCUUCAAGUGACGAAGAGACCAGGGAGGAGCUGGCCAAGAUAGGGCUGGUCCCUCCACCAGAUGAGUUUGCAAACGGGGUACUGGUCACCACCCCUGGCACACCAGUCAGCCACCUGGCUACGCCUAGCACGCCAUCCAUACCAGCGGCAGCAGUAGCACCUUCUACCACUGGCGGAACACCCUCAGGGAAGCCCUCUGAUGCCCCCAUAGCCCCAGAGUCUGCUGCAGACUCGGGAGUGGAAGAGGUGGACACCAGAAGUUCAAGUGACCAUCACCUGGAGACCACAAGCACCAUCUCUACGGUCUCCAGCAUGUCUACGUUGUCCUCAGAAAGCGGGGAGCCUACUGACACAUACACUUCCUUUGCGGAUGGACAAACUUUUAUACUCGAGAAGCCACCAGUGCCUCCAAAGCCAAAACUCAAGUCCCAGCUCAGCAAGGGGCCAGUUACUUUCAGGGACCCACUUUUGAAGCAGUCUUCGGACAGCGAGCUCAUCUCCCAGCAACAUGCGGCCACUCUGGCGUCAGCCAGCAUUGGCCGGCCACGCUACCUCUUUCAGAGAAGGUCCAAGCUAUGGGGGGACCCCAUGGAGAGCAGGCCAAUCCAUGGGGCUGAUGAUGACAAGCCAACUGUGAUCAGUGAGCUAAGUUCCCGGCUACAGCAACUGAAUAAGGAUACACGAUCACUGGGGGAGGAACCGGCCGGGUCCACGUUAGAUCCCGGGAAGAAGUCGCCUGUGGUCGCGGCACGACUUUUCAGUAGUUUAGGAGAACUCAGCACCAUUUCCCAGCGGAGCUCCGGGACCACCUACACAGUCCGACCUGGCAGUCGCUACCCUGUAACCCGACGUACCCCCAGCCCCGUGAAGCCGGCUCUGGAUCGGACAGAGCCCCUCAGCACCGUCCGGCCCUACGGUCUGACCCCUCCCACCAUCCUCAAAUCUUCCAGCCUCUCCAUCCCACACGAGCCCAAGGAGGUGCGCUUUGUGGUGAGGAGCGUGAGCGCCCGGAGCCGCUCCCCGUCCCCGUCCCCCUCUCCAGGGCCGCCCCUGCACACCCUCCACCCGCCUCGGCCCUUCAUGCAGAAACCCCUCCACCUGUGGAACAAGUACGACGUCGGGGACUGGCUGGAAAGCAUCAAUUUGGUGGAGCACCGAGACAAGUUUGAGGACCAUGAAAUAGAGGGCACGCACCUGCCCGCCCUCACCAAGGAGGACUUUGUGGAGUUGGGGGUGACCCGUGUCGGGCACCGGAUGAACAUUGAGCGGGCACUCAAGCAGCUGGUAGACAGCUGACCGUCCCAGGCAGCGCUGGCCUCUUCCAGAGCCACCACGGGGGGGGGUGGGGGGUGUUUCUACUAGACUAAUAAAACCCACUUUGAUUCUCUUUCUAUUCUGAGCACUGCACUGAAGGGCGCGGAGCCAAGGGGCUCCCGCCCGCUCCCACACCGCCCCGGCGUGCCACGCACACGCAGAGCCCCGCUCGGCCCCGCCAGCCCCGCGACGCCUUCGGGACAAGGAAUGUUGCAUGAAAUACAUCCUCGUUUCUGUUCCUCCCAGAGAGUCUGGCCUGUAUAUCGCUUGAUGUGCUCUUCCCCGGGGGCGUCGCUGGUGGCCGGAGGGGCCGAGGUGCCACGUGCUGCCGAGCCCGGGCUCCCCGUGGUCGAAGGGCAACACCUGGCCGGGGCAGGGAGCAGGGCAGGGCCAGGGGUGCAGGGAGGAGCCCGGCCCUGGCUAGGGAGAGGGCUUCUGCUGUAGGCUCAGGUCUGGCAGGCAGGGAGACGCAUGUUAGAGCACGGCAGGGAGGCGAGCGGGCCGGGCGCGUGCCGCCGGGCCGUGUCUCGGGCAGGUCGGGGCAGCCCGCGGCGUGGAGACCCCGAGCUGCUCCGAGCCGGCAGGCGUGGUGGGAGCACGGCAGGGCAGGGGCAGCUGCAGGAGGCAGGCAGGGCCAGCACCGGUGCCGGCACUCGGCCCGCGUUGGGAAGAGCGGGCAGGAGGCACCACGGCUCCGGCGGUGGCCCCGGCCCCGUGCAGGCUGUCCCUGCCGGGGUCGGAGGCGGCCGGCCGAGCCGGGUCGUCCCGCCAGUGCUCGGAGGGGAAGGGCUCCAGCGCGCAGAGGUCUCCGUGGAAGGGCAGUCCCAGCACGGUGGCCGGGUGGACGCCUGCGGUGACGCCCAGACCUGCUCCCUCCCGCGCAGAGCCGCCCCGGGGAGCGGCCAGCCUUGCCGUGCAAGCCAGAAGAGCGAUUCCCGUGUGAGAGACUAGCCCUGGACUCUGUGCUGCUGCUCUGCCUGUCGCCCUCGGGUGUCCUGGUGAGAGAGGGACUGAAACCGCAUGGAUAGAAGCAUGUUUGGGGAUGUUGGAGGGAGGCUGGUCGGGAAUCCAGCAGAAAACGCUUUGCCAACGUUCAAUGAGGGGGAGGGAGGGGGGGAGGGAGAUGUUUUAUUUCCUCUUGGUUUGGGGUCUUGUUUCCAAGGGGGACACGUUGAUGGAUAAUAUAUAAUCUCCGUGCAUUUAUAUAGAGAGCAGCUGAUGAUCUACAAGAGAUGAUAUUGAACUACAGGAUUCCCACUCCGUCCUAGUCAUCCUUAUUUUGCAUCUUUUUAAUCAGCUAUAUAUUUGAAAAGAGAGAACAAAUAUCUAUAUAUCUAUAUCUAUAGCUAUAGCCACCUGAUUUUGUUAUAAUUUUACUAAAUCUAUAUAUCUCUAGACUUGUUGAGAUGCUGACGAGGCGGUGCCUGCACCCCUCCCCUGGGACGCCCAUGGCUCAUGGGAGUUUUUAGCGACUGACUGAAUGAAUGUUAAAGUCUUUUUAAAAAAAAAAAACAAAAAAAAAUCCCAACAGCUCCUUUCAGACACUCUGGAUUUUAAAGAUUUAGAAACACAAAACAAAAAAACUUGGUUUUUGGGACACACCGAGUCUUCCACCCCACCAGGCAGAGACACACGGAGCUGGCGCUUCCACCUCCCCACAGAACCCGGCGCCGCUGGCAGGCACGGGCCCCGCGCCAUCAGGUCCCUCUCCCGCCUCCGCUCCUGGGGAGCAAUCGCCACCAUCGCGCCCAGCGCUCACACCGCGCCGCCGCCGGCACGGCCCUGCGCAGGUACCGCCGGCCCGGCCACGAGGGUCCCCGUGGAGCUGCUCCUCCGGAGCGGCCGUCGGGAGCGGGAAGAGGCCGGCGUGCGGGUCCGGCGGCCGGGCUGGCUCCCGCCGCACCACUGGAGAGCCGGGGGCUGGCGGUGCCUGCUCAGGGGCGGCCAGGGCUCGGCCGCCAGCUCGGGAGGGGAUGGCUUGGUGACCGGUGUUCCCAAAAAGCUGAGUCCCCCACGAAGGCAUUAACUUUUCUGGUGCUAGAGGGAAGGACAAGGAGGUUCCUUCUGACCCUCACACAUCUCCGAACCUUUACAACCUUCAGCCAGGGAAAAGGCCGGGGCAGGGGCGGCAGCCCCUCCUGCGCACCAGGCGCUUCCGGGAGGGUCUGGACCUGUGCCGGCACACCAGGCCCUCCUGGGACAGAUCCUGACCUGUGCCGGCACACCAGGCUCUCCUGGGACGGAUCCUGACCUGUGCCGGCACACCAGGCCCUCCUGGGACAGAUCCUGACCUGUGCCGGCACACCAGGCUCUCCUGGGACGGAUCCUGACCUGUGCCGGCACACCAGGCUCUCCUGGGACGGAUCCUGACCUGUGCCGGCACACCAGGCUCUCCUGGGACGGAUCCUGACCUGUGCCGGCACACCAGGCCCUCCCGGGACAGAUCCUGACCUGUGCCGGCACACCAGGCUCUCCUGGGACGGAUCCUGACCUGUGCUGGCACACCAGGCCCUCCCGGGACAGAUCCUGAUGCACUGUGGUGCCAUCUCCUUUUCCCUGAGCUCUUGCUGGGCGCCUGCCCGAGCAGCUCCAUCCAGAGCUCUCCGGAGCCACUGGGCCCUGGGGGGCCAUGGCCUCUCCCCCUCCCCAGGCGCCAUCCCACUGCUCCCCGCUGGGGCAGGCGCCCGGGGACGGCGAGGGGCUUCGAGCCGGACUGGCGAGCAAACAGCCUGUGGUCCGCGCCCCAGGGUACCCCAGGCCUCCUGCCCCAUAACCUGGUGAGCCAAGAGGCGUCCGAAUCGCGAUAGCAGCCAUUGCGUCUGCCUGAACCCACCGCCUGCUUUACCAGGUGUGCCAUCGCACCCCAUGGCCCCCCGGCCCCGUCCGUGCCAACGCCACCACUGUCCUGCGUGACCUGGAGCGGGACGCCGCAGACCAGGUCCUGCCCCUUCCACUUCCCUGCCCCGCAGUCGCAGCCGGCCCAUCGCCCCUCCGCCGCCGCGCACCCACCCCUCCGUUCACCCCGCUGGCCCCCCCACGUGCCCUCCCGCCUACCUGGCACCCUCACCCUUGAACUCACCCCACCGGCCCCUGCACGCCUCGCCUGCGGCCAGCAGCAUGCGCAGAUGCACGCGCCCGCUGACCACCCCGCACCCUGGCUCCCCUCACCCUCCAUUGCCCGGCCUUCAGCUCCUUCACCCGUGCUGGCAUUGCCCGGCACCCUUCGGUCGCAAGGGCUCGCUGGCACGGUCCUGCAUGGGUGGGGACGGUCCCGCUCCAGAGACGUCCUGUGACACCGGCGCGGUUGCACUGCACCUGCCAGCACGGCCGCUGCUGCUCUCGCGUCCCCUGGCCCCGCGCUCGCUCCCUCCUGAGCCCCCCCCAGCUCUGGCCGUCCCCUCACCUGGCCCCUCCGCCACCUCCCGCACGCUUUGCAGUGCCCGCACCCCCGGCGCUGUUCACAGACACCUGCCCGUGAACCGGACUCGCCGCUUCUCCCCCGUGACCUGAGCUGUUCUCACCCCUGCAACCGGAGCUCGUCUCUCUGGGCUGAUGCUGCUUCUCCAGCUCCAUGCCUGGAGAAGCAGCACCAGCACAUCCUGGGAUGCGGGUGAGCACCCAGCUCCUCUGCAUCCCUGCAGGAACGCCGCAUGUGGGGUCUGCCACAGCACAGCCCCCCGAGGAGGCUCCGCUGCACGCACGGGCCUGGGCACGUUCCCGGGUCGGUGUCACGCAGCCUCUCCCAAGCUGUGGAGCAUCGGGAUUUCCUAGGAAGUCGCUUGGCUGGCUGUUCCUCGCGCUGCUUUUACGAGGCCGCUCUGGAGCCUCCCGCUGAUGUGGAAACGCUCGUGUGCAGCCACGGCGUGCCACGGGGGACCUGUGCCCGCUGGCUGGCUUUGGCCCCUGCUGCCGCCUGCUUGCAGAGCCCCCGACCGUCCCCACGCGGCUCCAUCCCCCGGGGACGGGUCCUGCUGCGGGGACACGGUGGACACAAGUGGCCCCCCCGAACAACAUCCGCCAGAGCAUGCUGGGGGUCCGCACGCCGCAGCUUGGCCAAGCCUCUGCACCGCUGAUGGCUCGUCCCCGGCCGCACAGCCCCCCGCCCCACUUGGUGCUGCCAGCGCCCCGCAGCCCCUCUGCACGCCCCAGCCCUGCCCGCUCCUGCCCACCCCUGCCUGCCCGGCCAGCUCGUCCCACCGCCACCCGUCACUUCUUCCCCUGCUGUGCUUCAUUCCCAUGGCGCUGCUGGCUCCUUCCCCGCUUUGCCCACAGGUAACGCAGACCCCGGCAGCCCUCGGAGACCCCGGCGGUACUCGGAGACCCCGGGGGUCCUCGUGCCCCGGCGCAGCCCUGCAGCCCGUGGCCGGCAGAGCUGCCCCGGCGGGCGCUGCUGGUGUGACGGUGUGUUCGCCUGAGUGCAGGCUGCUCGGCAGGUUCACGCCGGGCAAACCCGGGGUCUCUGCCCCUUCUGCAGCUGUUUCUGGGGCGACCAAGAGAGACCCGCCUGCACCCGCCUCUUGCCGCAAGAGGCCAGAAGUCUGCAGAGCGCAACUUUUCUGCAGAAAGUUCGGUCUGGGACCAGGAAAGCUGAACGCCUUCUUGCCAUUUCUGAGGAGCCCUCCUCCUCCCCACCCCGAUCCCCCCCCCCAACCGCCCUGAUCCUCUUGGGAGGGCUGGAAAUGGUGGAUGCACCGCUCUGCCCUGGCGGAGCCGGCGGCCGUGCCGCCCUGCCGUGCAUCCCAGCUUCCGCCACAAAGCAGCUGCAGCCGUACCUGUGUUGGCAAACACUGCGUGAUCCCUGCUGCGGGACGGCGGCCACGGCCGUCGCUCCCAGGGACACCACGGCUCGUCCCAGUCAGGCGUAACACAAAAGAAGGCGACUUCCAACCACGCUGCCGCGCCAUCGCCCCCAUCCCAGGGGCUGCCCGGGUCUGCCGCAAACCUGCUCCCCCAGCAGCGACACCUCCAUCCUCCUCAUCGCCCUCCUGCCCUGUGCUGUGCCCUCCCUGUUCCCCCCCCGCGCCCACCACGGACGCACGCGCGUGGCAGAGCCAGACGAGCGUGGGCUCGGGGCUUUGCAGACAGCAUUGUCCUUGGGCAGCACCAGGGUCACCGGUGAACGUGCUUCGCUUCGGGGCGGCACCUGGGGCAGCGCGGGUGGUUUCGUGCAGGGUGCCGAGGCCCCUUCACCUGCCCCACGUGUUCCUCCCGAGCUGCAGACAGCCCGCUCCCACCCUCUGCACAGCCUGCGCUUCGCGGUACCACCGGCUCCCGGGGCAGCCACAUCCCGCACAGCCCCGGCGUCCGCAGCGCCCGGCCAGGGUCAGGGCGCUCGCCCCAGCGGCACGGUGCCCGGCGGUGCCCUCGCCGGGGAUGCCGGGUUGCCCGAGGGCCGAGGUCUUGUCCCGUGGCCAUUCCCACCCCCCCGGCAGAACCAAACCCCCCCGCUAACGCAGCUGCUGCUACUUUACGUUUAUUUUCUCAGCUGAAGCAAAGAGGAUUUUCCCCAGGUGUAGAUAGCGCUUUCCUGACUCUGUAUCUAUUCUGGCUGCAUUGGCACCUCCACUCCAAACAUCUCCAGACCCAGUGAGACAUUUCAUUUUGAAAAGCCAUCCAGGAGAAGGCAGAGCGGUAGCGGGCGAGGAACCGACCCCACGAGCCUGCGGCGCGGCCGGCAGCGAGCGCCGCACCCCUCGGCCGCGCCAUCCCGGCGGCACCGGGACUGGCCGCGCGCGGUGGUUACUGUGAUUCUCAUGGCUUCUCAAUGACUUGGGUUAUCUUCUGUAAAAAGGGAUACACUUUUUUUUUGCUUUGAAGGGGUUUUUUUUUAGAAGUUGUUGGUAUUUUUCCUUUGUCCAAACUAACGUCAUCGGUCCCUGUUCUCCAUCAGCUCCUGUCUGUAAUUCUGACUGUAAAAGAAGAGAAAACAAAACCCAAAGCACUUUGUUCUGGUGGUGAAGAGCUUCCCCAGCCAAAACCAUUUCCAAACAGCGACAAAGUGCGGCGUGGUUUUCUUUCUGUCCGCCCGUGGGCAGCCCUCACUGCCGCAUGCAUGUGUCACCCGCCGAGACACCCCCGCACGCCCCCGGGCGCGCGCUCACACCCACUGCAUGUGCAUAUACCGGCUCCCGCCCUCACAUGCACGCGUGCGACCACACACGCACGCGCGCGCGGCUCCAACAUCCACACUCUUGUUUCUUACCCAGACGGACUCACCUGUGGGUUUUUGUUCUGUUUUUAAUUUUACAGGGUCAGUUUGACUUCACCCUUAUUUUGUAUGGAUUUUCGGAGGAGAUUUCUCCUUCUCCAGAGUCAUGGAGGUGUGGCCAUUCGCCUCCCGCCCUUGACGUUGUGAUACACAUACCCCACAGAGAUCUAUGU